AUGGAGCUCCCCAGAGCGCCCCCGCCCCUAUCCGCACCGGAACCAUCAAGGAAGCCGUCUCAUCUCGAUGUUUCCGCAACUUUAUUCCACCGGAAGCGCGUGGUUCGCCGUAAAGCGCACAAGCCCGCGGGCGUCCCCAGCAGCUCCCCAGCCGCGACGCAGAACGGCCGUCCCAAGCCCAAUCUCCACGUGCAGACGGACUUCUCGGCGACGUAUUCGCCGCCGUCUCCGUCGAGCUUCUCGCCCGUGGCGCCGCUGGCCAGGAGCUCUCCCUACCCUUUGACAGCCAGAGGAGCAGACACAGAGCCCAAGCUGGCUCCGGCAUCUUCGCCCAGGUCUGCGGGGGCUGGGACUUUACCGGACAAACCCCCGGCGCCGCAUGCGUUCCGCCUGUCGGACUUCUUCUACAAGGAGAUCUUCGGUGUGCAUGACAUCAAACCCACGGAUGGAAUGCACCAGGAGCGCGUGCAGAACUUCUUCGUCGUGCCCGUGAACACGGAGCAGUUGUUCUUCUUUGGCGUGCUGCUGGCGCUCGACAGCUUCCUGUACGUGUUCACGUACCUUCCGCUGCGGAUUCUGUUCGCGUGCGGGUGCGCCGUGACGUCGAGUUUCCAUACCAGAGUACUCCGGAGGACGCACUUCUACGACUUGAUGGUGGCGGUCAUUGUGGCUGUGGGGACGAGUGUAUUGCUCAACGUGGAUAUGUCUCGAGUCUACCACGCGAUCCGCGGCCAGGCAAUGAUCAAGCUCUACGUGCUCUUCACCAUGAUUGAGAUCUUCGACAGACUCUUCUCAUCGCUGGGACAGGAUAUCCUCGACUCGCUCUACUACACGGCCAAGUAUCACCCCCGCCGUGUCACGCGCAUGUUCCUGGACUUCACCGUCGCGAUCGUUUACGUGGUGCUCCACUCGCUGCUGCUGUUCGCACAAGUCGUGACUCUCAAUGUGGCAGUCAACUCGAGCAACACGUCGCUGCUCACACUACUGAUUUCGAAUAACUUUGCCGAGCUCAAGAGCUCUGUGUUCAAGAAAUUUGAGGAGCAGAACCUCUUCCAGAUCAGCUGCAGCGAUAUCGUCGAGCGCUUCAAGCUGAUCACGAUCAUCAGUCUCAUCCUGCUGCAAUCGUCGACUGGGGAUGUUGCCUGGGGAACGGCCAUGGUUUGGGUUGCCGAGAUGCUGAUCGACUGGCUCAAGCACGCCUUCAUCACCAAGUUCAACCAGCUUCCGCCGACGAUGUACUCCAAGUUCAUCACGAUCCUGUGUCGGGACUUGACGGGGUGGAAGAGCGAGGAUACGAUUCUGGAUCACACGCACCACGUUUCGAAGCGGUUGGGUCUGAUGUCGCUGCCUUUGGCUUGUGUCGUGUUGCGCAUGGUGUCGAAGGCACUCGCGGACGUGCCAAUCGAAUUCACGUCGCCUAGCGGAGUUCUGGUGACCAUCGCGUUCUUCAUGUGCCUUGCAGCGUUUAAGGCGCUGCUGAGCCUCGCGCUGAUGAUUUAUGCGUGCAAAUCUGGCCGUCUCGACGACACCCGCCCCAAGAGCCCACGGUCGGUGCGCCACCUCGAGUCCAUCCAACGCUACAAGUUCUAG